AUGGCAGUGCCUCAGCUGGGAUACGGAGACGUGGUCACGGCCGGCAAGGGGUCGGCGAUGACCGGUCUGCAGGCGGUGUUUGUGGAGAGGCGAGCGGCGAUGCUGGGCUCGCCCGGAGCCGCGCUCAGUCUGGGGGUUCCCCCGCCUCUCCACGCUCUCCUAGCUCGCCACCCCGGCACCUAUCCCAUUCCACACGGAUACAGCCUGCAGCCGUAUCCCGAUCUCAGGCAUCUCCCUCAUCUGGCUUCGCACUACGAUUUGAAGGCAGGCGGCGUCUAUUCCCAGGCCAGUUUUGCUCCGGCCGGCGCUCUGUACUCUCCCUAUCGCCCGCUGGCUCACGGGGAUGCGGGACGAGUGAAGAACGCAACCCGAGAGAGCACCAGCACCCUGAAGGCGUGGCUCAACGAGCACCUGAAGAAUCCCUACCCAACCAAAGGGGAAAAGAUCAUGCUGGCCAUUGUCACCAAGAUGACCCUGACUCAGGUCUCCACUUGGUUUGCCAACGCCAGGAGGCGACUAAAGAAGGAGAAUAAAAUGACGUGGGUGCCCAAAACCAAAUCGGACGAGGAGGAUAGCGAGAGCGACGACGAAGAUGAUAAGAAAGAGGAUUUGAACAAGGGAAAGGAUGGGAAACCAUGUAAAGAUGGACUGGAGCCAUCUUCCACUGGUUGUGAAGGCAGGGCGCUGGGCAAGGAUGCCACAGGCUGCAACAAGGACGGAGAUAACGGGUUGAGACCAACAAACUUGGAGCCAACCGAGAUGAGGAAUUCGGAAUUGAGCGCAACUGAGGAGGAAGUCGGUGCAAAGGUGUCAGUCAGCACUGGACCCAGAGAGGGCACCGCUACUCUCAAACCCAAGAUAUGGUCUCUUGCGGAAACUGCUACUUCAGACCUUGGGAAAGGCAAUCGGCUUGCUGUAAGCAGCGACCAGCCAGUGCCUCCGGCCGCCGUCGGUCACUAUAGGAUCUGGGCUGGCGCCUGCUUUGCGGAGGGGCAGCUCUUGCUAAACAACCAUUGCAGGAGGGAGUCUGAGAGAGAACUUGUAGGUCCUGACCAAUGAGAAAGGGGCGAAUGCAACUGGAAAUCCGAACCAGGGGAAGUUUUGUCGGUGUAAUGAAUUCCCGAAACUCUGCACUUCCACCCCGCCUGGCGACCUCUCACCACGACAAUUACGCCUGUCAGUUGUGAGAAUGAGCGUGAACCCACACAGUUCCUCAGUAGCCGUGGGUUAAAGGAAGCGGGCGAUGGCCCAGGGGAUUAAUUUAUAGCAAUUAUCGCGUUUUUACUACAAUCCUCGACAAUUAACACAGCUGAUUUUUCUUUAGUAAAGGUCAACAUUUGACCAUUCCCUUCACACUGCUAAACGCACAAAGCCACACAGCUGGACGUAGAGGGCAUUUUAGCUAAAGAUGUAUCAAUAUUAUAAAUAGUCAUAUGUGUAUAGCUAGUUCCUAAACUCUCUUGGUCUACACAUCAGACACAAACGGCUGGAUGUUAUUGCAUGGUGCAAACGCACGCAGUGAUCUCGUUAAACUAGUAACCCGAUGCAAGCGGGAAGUAGAUAUCCUACAUUGACUUGAAGGUUCAACUAUCAGGCGAUGUAUGUAACGUUCCAAAUUUAUCUUGAUGCGUUCCAGCUAAUUCCCAGCUCUAAUGAAAUCUGUUCAAUCACGUUUAAAUCAAAGAAGGCGGACAUGCUAGAUAUCAUUUUACUCUACUACAGAGGCUGUUUGUACUUAUGUUUUCGUUGUCCAGGAUGAGCGAAGGGAUUUUUAAAAUGUAAACUCAUCUCGAUAGCCUUUGAUCAGCGUUAAAUUACGCCAACUUGGUCUUUAUGAAAAUGUAAGAGAGGGCACUGAAACGAUUAUAAAACCUGCCUGCUUGAAAAUUAUCUCCAGGUGCUUAGAUUUCUAGGGCUUCCCCUCACCCCAAACAUAAAAAGAGCGAUUCUAAUUUACCGACACGGAAGCUUUUAAGGAGU